GUGGAUGUCCCUGUUCCUCAGCUGGUUGAGGAGGUUGUGCACGUUCCAGUGACGCAGACCCAAGCCCGUCACCACCAUGUUCACGUCGAGCAAACCGUCGAGGUUCCCGUGCCGAUGAUGCAGGAGCAGCAGGUUCACGUCCCCAAGGUGGUGGUCCAGAAGCGCCAGAUGCACCAGCACGUGGAGCAGAUUGUUGAGGUUCCGGUGCCCAUGACGCAGGAGGAGGUCGUGCACAUCCCGAAGGUUGUGACGCAGACGCGCGUUCAGCAGCAGCAGGUGGAGCAAGUGGUCGAGGUGCCGGUCCCCAUGACCCAGGAGGAGGUUGUGCACGUGCCCAAGAUCAUCAAGCAGCCCCGCAUCGUGCAUCAACAGGUCGAGCAGAUCGUUGAGGUGCCUGUGCCAAUGACGCAAGAGGAGCAGAUCCAUGUGCCCAAGAUCAUCACCCAGACCCGUCAGAUGCAGCAGACUGUGGAGCAGAUCGUUGAGGUUCCUGUGCCUAUGACUGAGGAGGUUGUCGUGCAUGUGCCGAAGACGGUGACGCAGACGCGCGUGAUGCAUCAGCACGUCGAGCAGGUGGUCGAGGUGCCAAUGAUGCAGACCCAGGAGCAGCUGGUCCACGUCCCGAAAACCAUGCAACAGGAGCGCAUCGUCCACCAGCCCGUCGAGCAGGUCGUAGAGGUUCCCGUGCCCAUGACGCAGGAGCAGGUGGUUCACGUCCCCAAGGUGAUGCAGCACGAACGAGCGCACCACUUCCACGUGGAGGAGAUCGUCGAUGUUCCCGUUGAGCAGCACAUCGAGCAGAUCGUGCAUGUGCCCAAGGUCCAGAAAGUCGAGAAGAUUGUCCACAACCCCGUGCAACUCGAGGUGGAGGUGCCCCGGCCUGUGGUGGUUGAGAAGACGAUCCAGGUGCCCCGAAUCUCGGUGGAGGAGAAAGUCGUGCGGGUGCCGAAGGUGCUUAACACCGUGGUGGACACUGUGGUCCAGAACACCCUCGAGACUGUCGAGGUAGUGAAGCCGGUGGUGGUGCACAAGGUGGUGCAGCGAAAGAAGCCCGUCAUCCAGGAGGACAUUGUGCAGGUGCCAAAGGUCGUCGUUCAGCACGUGCCGGUGGAGAAGGUUGUGGAGAAGCAGGUGUCCGUGCCGGUGAUGCAGGAAGUCGAGCAGAUCGUGGAUGUGCCAGUGGUGAAGCACAGGCAGGUUCCGAUGGUUCAGAAGGCCAUGAAGCAGAUCGAGGUGCCGCAGGUGUCUUACACAGACCACCAUGUGGAGGUUCCCAUUCACAAGCAGGUGCACGUUCCCAUGGUGCAGACCGUGAUGAAAGAGAUUGAAGUGCCCCAGAUUCAGUACGAAGACGAGAUCAUCCCCAUCCCGGUCCAGAAGCAGGUCCAGGUUCCCAUGGUGCAGAAGGUGCAGGUCCCUGUGGAGGUCCCGCAGAUCCAGUAUGAGGACCAGGUGGUCCAGGUUCCUGUGCAGAAGCAGGUCCAGGUCCCCAUGAUCCAGAAGGUGCAGAAGAUCGUUGAGGUGCCCCAGAUCGAGUACGAGGACCAGAUCGUGCCCGUCCCUGUGCAGAAGCAGGUGCAGGUGCCCAUGAUCCAGACCGUUCAGAGGCAGGUGGACGUGCCGCAGCUCCAGUACGAGGACCAGGUUGUCCAUGUCCCUGUCCAGAAGCAGGUGCACGUACCGAUGGUCCAGCAGGUGCAGAGGCAGGUGGAGGUCCCGCAGAUCGAGUAUGAGGACCAGGUGGUGCAGAUCCCCAUCCAGAAGCAGGUGCACGUACCGCAGAUACAGACGAUCCAGAAGACAGUGGAGGUGCCCCAACUCGAGUUCGUUGACAAGGUGGUGCAAGUGCCAGUGGAGAAGGCGGUGCACGUUCCGAUGGUGCAGACGGUGCACAGGGAAGUCGAGGUUCCGCAGAUUGAGUACAUCGACAACCAUGUGCACAUCCCGGUGCAGAAGCACCGCCACGUGCCAAUUCACAUUCCCGUGGAGCGGCCUGUGGAGGUCACCGUCAUUGAGACCAUGGAGAAGGUCGUGGAGGUGCCGAUCGUGAAGCAGGUCGAAGUCCCGCAGGUCCAGACCAUCGAGAAGAUCGUGGAAGUUCCGAUGGUGCAGAUGGUGCAGAAGGUUGUGGAGAUCCCGCAGGAGGGGCAGACCACGCAGGGAAACGUCCGCGAAGUGGAUAUCCCUGCGCAACCUCGGCGCGAGGUCUUGGCUGGCCCGGACCACCCAACGGAGUACGUCCAGGGCCAGGCCCCACCUCAGGGCGCAAUCUUCGCUGCGCCGAUGAUGGAGGCCCAGACUGCUCCUCCGGGCGCCGUCUUUGCGGCACCGAUGAUGGAGGCCGCGCCGCAGCAGAUGCCACCUCCGGGAGCAGUCUUCGCUGCGCCGAUGAUGGAGGUCCCCGCACCCUACCGGAAACACGGGGAUCUGAAAUAA